AUCUGUAAAUGUGAAAAACUUGCAGGUUCGUUCCCUCACCCGUCAUCCUCACCCUCUAGCUCCAUCUCCCGUUGCAGAUUGAAUUCCCAAAUUCACGGUCCUCACUCUUUUGCUCUCAGACAAAAAUUUCUCUUGUUUUUUUUUUCAAUUAAAAAAAUUAAGGAAAUCAAAAUUAGGGUUUGGAUUGCUUUCAAUCAACUUACUAUUUGGGUGUGAAUUGGAGGUUGGGGUUCUGGGUUAUCUUUUUCGUAUCUGAGAUGGCAGAAUCCGAGCACCAGAAUUCAAUUUACAGCAGCACAGGAGGAGUGACGCAGAGUAACCAAGUUGACGACCAAGACGACGACGUUGAAGAGCCCAUUGACAACCCUAACAUCCGCUUCGAAGAUAGUACCGCCAUUCCUCCAAAUCAACUCUACCUUCCCAGCUCCGAAUACCCUCCGCCGGCCGCCGCAAACGGUGCCUCUGAUCAGCUAACUCUCUCGUUUCAGGGCGAGGUUUAUGUCUUCGACGCUGUUUCGCCCGACAAGGUGCAGGCAGUACUGCUACUUUUGGGUGGAUAUGAAAUCCCUUCUGGCAUUCCUUCCAUGGGGCCGGUUCCUCUAAACCAGCAAGGUAUGAAUGACUUACCUGCAAAGCCAACUCAACCGCAGAGAGCUGCUUCUUUAAGUCGGUUUCGCGAGAAGAGAAAAGAACGUUGUUUUGAUAAGAAAAUCCGUUACACCGUGCGGAAAGAAGUUGCACUCAGAAUGCAGCGUAAGAAGGGUCAAUUUACAUCGUCCAAGGCUAGUUCUGAUGAUGGAGGCCCUGCUUCAUCAACACAGGGCUCUGGACAAGAUGAGAGCAUGCAGGAAACUUCGUGUACACAUUGUGGGAUAAGCUCAAAGUCAACUCCAAUGAUGCGUCGUGGGCCAGCAGGCCCAAGGACACUAUGUAAUGCAUGUGGGCUGAAGUGGGCCAACAAGGGAUCUCUAACAGGUGUUCCUAAGGUUCUAAAUGUCGGUAUCCAGGAUCCUUCUUUAAAGGGAAUUGAACAGGAUUCCGAUGUUGUAGCCAUUGGUGCCAACAUUGCCCCUUCCUCAGCUAAUGGCGAUAAUUCAGCCAUGACCGUAGACAGGAAAUUGUGAAGUCCCCUGUGGCCUGGUGGUUUUCCGUUUGCUGUAUUAUUACAGAGGAUGUCAAAUAGAUUGAAGAAGUAUGUUAUCGAAAGUACAUACGGUUUAGGGACUUGGAGCUAUAAAUAAAUUGGUUUGAAAACUCUUUUAUUUUGUGUAAAGUAUUGGAACCAAAUUUAGAAGCUCAUGGCAUUGUAGCAUUUGCAGUAGCAGCAGUUCUUCCUUGUCUAGAGCAUAUAAUCGAGAACGUUGAUUUAUAGUGAUCAAUGCAAUCUUUUCUAUUUGGUUCGUCAAAUGAUCAUUGUAAUCGAUGUAAUCAUUUGUGGUUUUGUUGCAUGGAGUAAGAAAUAGCAUGCGGUAGCUUUUACUAAA